UUGUGGCUGUUGAUUAUGUCUCCAAAUGGGUGGAAGCCAUUGCAAGCCCCACCAAUGAUGCUAGAGUUGUAAUCAAGAUGUUCAAGAGCAUCAUCUUCCCAAGGUUUGGAGUUCCAAGAGUUGUAAUCAGUGAUGGAGGUUCCCACUUCAUUAACAAACUGCUUGAGGGACUUCUCAAGAAGAACGGUGUGAAGCACAAGGUGGCAACUCCUUAUCAUCCCCAAACAAGUGGCCAAGUUGAGAUUUCUAACAGGGAGAUCAAAUCUAUCCUGGAGAAGAUUGUGGGGAUUACAAGGAAGGAUUGGUCUAAUAAGCUUGACGAUGCACUUUGGGCUUAUAGGACAGCGUACAAGACACCACUGGGUACCACACCUUUCAACCUAGUGUAUGGGAAAGCUUGCCAUUUGCCAGUGGAGCUUGAGUACAAGGCACUAUGGGCAAUAAAGUUGCUGAACUUUGACAUCAAGAGUGCCAAGGAGAAAAGGCUCUUUCAGCUACAUGAGCUUGAUGAGAUAAGAUUGGAUGCUUUCGAGAACUCAAGAAUCUACAAGGAGAAGACUAAGGCUUUCCAUGACAAGAACAUCCUGAAGAGAGAGUUUAAAGAAGGAGACCAAGUUCUUCUCUACAACUCUAGGCUGAAGUUGUUUCCAGGAAAGCUUAAGUCAAGGUGGUCCGGUCCUUUCAAGGUCAAGGAGGUUAGACCAUAUGGAGCAAUAGUUUUGUGGAGCACUGAUGGAAGAGACUUCACAGUCAAUGGACAAAGGGUUAAGCUCUACAUGGCUACUGCACCAGAGGAAGAUGGGGUUUCAACUCCACUGUCUGAUCCUACCCCGGCCUAAUCUAAAAGGAGGCAAAGUCAAGCUCGAGACUUAAAACAAGCUCACUUGGGAGGAAGUCCCAUGCGUAUCCUUGUAUAUAUUGCAUUGGUGUUUUCACUUUUUCAUCUUAUUGCAUAAAAAAAAAAAAAAAGAGAGAAAAGUUGCAUGCAGGUACCUGAUCGAUUCAUUUUUGGAGCAGGAGUCGUGUGUGGGAGCGAGGUCUCACAGCGACACCUCAAAGUCGCUCCAGCUGGGAGCGAGGUUAUGGGAGCGACACCUAGAAGUCGCUCGCGGUUUCGUCGUUGGCUCGAGAAAAAAAAUCAUCUCGGAGCGAGGUCUCGGAGCGAGGUCGAAGGGUCGCUCCAGCUGGGAGCGACGUUAUGGGAGCGACACCUCGGAGUCGCUCGUGUUUUCGUCGAAACGGACGCUCAAAAACUGACGCGGAGCGACAUCCUAGAGCGACACCUUCAAGUCGCUCCAGCUCAGAGCGAGCUUUCCAGAGCGACACUCCAAGGUCGCUCGCGAUUUCAUCGACUCACGACGCGAGGAAACGACGCGGGAGCGACCUCUCCCAGCGACACCCUCACGUCGCUCCCGACCCGGUCCAGGUAAGUUUCCUAACUCUAAACCCCGGUUUGAUUCAAGUAAACCGACCCUAGACCACCCUAAACCGAACCGGACGACCCUAAACCUACCCCAACCCUGCGACUCCAACUCUAUCCCUCUCCCCUCCUCUCACAAACUCACAAACUCUCUCAAACUCAUCCA